UAUCUCAGUGCUCCAUAUUAUUCUCAGUGCUCCAUAUUUUAAUACAUACGUUUACUAGAGGGAACAACUAAAUCUCAAUAUUUUCAUUAAAAUUAAUUACUCCACUCGACAUUCUAAACAAUCACUCGCAAAUCUCUUACUAUUAAACCGAAUUAGUCGAUUGACACCUAUUGCUGUGCUCUGCAACAUCGUUUUAUGUUUUGUUUAUGUUGUGAUAAUGCUUGGCCUUGAUGGUUUUAAGUGAUACAAAAGUUUUACGAAUAUUAUGUGCUUUUCUAUUAGCCAGUUUCAUGCAAAACACCGAGAUACAUUAAGUCGACCCCUAUGUCGUCAGAUCAACAAUUGAAUGUGCACAUUUCCGGUGGUAAUGAUUUGUGUCACAGCGAGCAGAACAACGACAGUCAAUACCACGAAAAAUGUUCAGUGGACAACGUUAUCAAUGCCAGCGUAUUGGAAAAUAAGGCGGUUAUGAGUCGUAAUGACACAAAUGGAGGGAGUGGACAGAAUUUGGAAGCGAAUCCAAAUCAUGAACACUCUGCCAUCGCAGAGAAUGUAAAUGUUCCCAGUUAUUUAGAAGAGAUAGUGAGUGAAAGCGGAGUCGUUCAAUCACAUGAUAAGCUCCCACUUACAGACAACGGUAAAGUUGUGACUGACGAGCCGGACAAUGUUCUUUGUAAUUUAAAAAAUGGAUACGAGAACGCUCCCUCCUCUUUGAUAGACGAAGUCAUACCAAUUCCAGCAAAUGAAGAGAAAGUCCUUACCGCUGAUUCACAAGUUAGAAGUGAAGGAACACUACAAACCAACAAUUUAGAUCGACCAACGGAUCCGCAGGCCGAGAAUCCAAGUGACAAAAAUUUGAGUCUGUGCACAAAGAAAGAAGACGGACAUUCAUGUGUACAGCAGGAAAAUACCGAAUCAAUUGAUGACCUACCAGUUACUGAAUGCCAUACAAAUGAUCGACCUGUAGGAUUUACAAAUACACAUAACGCAGGUGACGAAGAAUUCGAAGAGAACGAUGUUGAUAAUGAUGAUGCAUCCAAUGACGAUGAUGACAAUUUUUCCAAUGAACACGACUCCAAUGAAGAAUGCAGUGACGUUGAGCACUCCGACCGUACGACCGAAGUGGAAAAUGAUGAAUACAUUUUGGACACAGUUUUGAGGAAGCCACGCAAAGAACGGCGACGAAUUGUUUCGGUGAAUGAUGACAGUGAUCCGGAAGUGGACAUGGAACGAGAACGACUGUUGGAAUCUCCAACAAUGGAUGAAAAUCAAUUGAGUGACAUUGAGGUUGAAGAAGACAUUGUGCAUCUGAUACAAAAUGAAAAGCCCGGACCGAAAUCUAAGAAAUUCAGCACCCAAAAGUUGAAGGAAUUGCAAGCACGGGAAUUACUUCGCAAUGCUGUCGUCAUUCCGUCGUCCAGUAAGAAGAAAAAGUGUCGAGUCAUUGAUAGUGAGGAUGAAGAAGAGCCUUUGCCAUAUAGUGUGGACGUCGACGAUAUCGGACUUCCAGACGCAGUGGAAGAUAACGAAAACGAGAACGAUGCACUGGCGGGCUGCAGCAUUUUACUGAAUGACUUAAAUGACUUCGACAAACCCGAUAUCUCAAUCGAAAACUUAAUGCAAAAUUGUUCUCCAGAUGUUAAUCACGUGAACGAAGAUACCAUAAAAUCAGAGGCUAAAGACGACAAUACACCGGUCGAGUCGCAAUGUAUCCCCGAUAUCAAAUGUGAAAGUUCAAGAGAAGUAAAAAACCAAUCAACAGAAGUUGUGACUACUCUGAAAGAGGAGGUGGUUGACGGGACAGAAAAUGAAACAGGAGCCUUGUGUGAUUCUGGGAACAGUACAGACAGUACCAAUCAGCAAAAUAAAGGAGAAAUCGAAAGUAACUCCGCGAAAAUAGAUUUCCCGCCAUUUUCUUCAUCAACAAGCAGCGACACUGAGGAUGAAUUUAUUCCAAACGAAGUUUACUUUGGAACGCCGGACCAUAAGAAGAAGAGAAGUUCGCGAGGAAAAAGCCAACGGGCUAGAGGCCGAGCAGCACAAUCUUCAACGCGAGAAGUGAAAACUGUCCAAAAUUUAUCGCGGCCAUCAAACAGAGGUCGUAUAGAUGGCCGGCCGUCGAGACGAGAAAAUUUCAUCGACAACCGGCGAAUUUCCUCCACAUCUGGAUCGGUUUCUGGGAUGUCGUCGGACUCCGAAGAUGAGCAUCGAGGUUCGAAGGCGCGUAGAAAACCCGCAACAAUAACCAUAGUCAAACAGUCUUCGCAGUUAUACCACAAAGCCAGCCUUCCAGUUCGACCCAUUCCGAGACAACAUCAGAUUCAACAAAUUAAACGACAAAACGAGCGGAAACGCGAUCGCUUUUACGACAAAUCACAAGAUAUUCCCAAUUCUGUUUAUUUCGGCGAUGUGGAUGUACCAUUACAUGUGCUGCAUUCGUAUAAAACCCUAAAAAUUAAAAACCCUAAACCAAACAUUACUACCAAAAAUAAAUUCCUCAAUUUUCCAAAAUGGCCGACAAGCCUUUUUAUAAAUGUUCCUCAUUUCUCACUGAAAUCUUUUUUUUGUGAUAUUGAGUCGUCAUUGAACUUAGAAAAUGUUGAAAUUUACGAAUAUGUUCAUGUCAAAUACUUUUACGAACCGCAAAUACCCGAUUCCCGAAACUUUCAGGGUGCCCCUCGUACGUCACGAGAACGGAAAAGUUGAAAAGUCGAGUUUUCGCGUGAAGUUUGUCAAUUGGUUAAAUGAACGGUUUUCGGUAAAAAUAUUGGUUACACAGUUACGAUGUGAUUUCUCAGAUUAAAUCAUUGCCAGCUCGAUUUCUAAGCCUUGUGGUCACAUUGUAAGCAUCUCCAAACACAGACCACGGUAUUGAUCCUAUGAGAUUCUUAUAGUGCAAUGCAACUGCUAAUUGGUGCUAGAUUCAAGAUUUAUUUAUAUUUGCCUGAUCUUGAGAACGGUGCGGCGAUGAAUUAAGAUAGAUUGAAGUACAAGCAACAGGAAAAACGAAUUAAUUUUUUAUGAUGUUUCAUUGUGAACUUUUAAACUUUUACAAAUCACAAAUUCACCACAAAGGAAAAAUCAUUUCAUUUUUAAUGAAGUAAAUACAGUGUAUAGAGUACACACAGAGUUACACAAACAAACACAAAGCUUAAAAG